GUUUGGUACAGUACAGGAAGAAAAGGUAAUGGCGACGCCAUUGGGGUCUGAGUCCCCUUGUAAGGGGGUAAGACGAAAGAGUCGUAACGGGAAUAUAAUCUCAAACAUCAGACAGAGCCAGUUCACUGGACAAGGAUUUAAUCGGGGGACUCAGCUCCCGGAGGCUCUGCUGCAGGAGAGAGACAAGCAGGCCAAAUGGCACGGCAUCCCAGUGCUCCUGCAGCGCCUGUACGAGAGCAGCCACCUCAGCAGCGACUUCACACACACACGCAGCGUGCUGAAGGAGCUGUCUUCCCUGCUGUCCAUGGAGGCCAUGUCCUUUGUGACGGAAGACAGGAAGACGGUUCAGGAGUCCUCCUUCCCCAACACGUACACCUUCGACCUUUUCGGUGGAGUAGAUCUGCUGGUGGAAAUUCUGAUGCGACCCACCCUCACGACACUGAAGAAGAAACCCAAGAUGAACGAUGACCUGGUGAAAGACUGCCUAAGUGUUCUUUACAACUGCUGCAUCUGUACGGAGGGGGUGACCAAAAGCCUGGCGGGGCGGGAUGACUUUGUGCUGUUUCUCUUCACACUGAUGACCAAUAGGAAGACGUUUCUACAGACUGCCACCCUCAUUGAGGACAUACUCGGUGUCAAAAAGGAGAUGAUCCAGUUGGAGAACAUCCCCAACCUGUGCGGCCUGGUCCAGAGCUUCGACCAGCAGCAGCUGGCCAACUUCUGCCGCAUCCUCUCCGUCACCAUCUCCGAGCCGGACCUGGGCACCGACGACAAGCACACGCUCCUGGCCAAGAACGCCCUGCAGAAACGCAAUGCCAACCCCUCUCGAGCUGAGCUCAACCAGGUGACAUUGCUGAACAUCCCCGGCUUCAUCGAGCGGCUGUGUAAGCUGGCCACACGGAAGGUGUCUGAGGCUCCGGGGGCGUCCAGCUUCCUGCAGGAGCUGGAGGACUGGUACAGCUGGCUGGACAACGUGGUGGUGCUGGACGCCUUCAUGCUCAUGGCCACGGAUGAGGCCGAGCUCUCCAGCACAGAGUCUUCAGAUGAGGGCAGUUUAGCCACCAGCCCCCUGCGCCACCGCCUGCCCCAGUCCAUGAAGACGGUGCAUGAGAUCAUGUACAAGGUGGAGGUGCUGUACGUCCUGUGCGUACUAUUAAUGGGACGACAGAGGAACAUGGUGCACAAAAUGCUGGCAGAGUUCCGUCUAAUUCCGGGGCUCAACAACCUGUUUGACAAACUCAUCUGGAAGUACACGCCCACCAAUCACGUGGUGCACGGCCAGAAUGAAAACUGUGACUGCAGCCCGGAAAUCUCCUUCAAGAUUCAGUUCCUCAGGCUCCUGCAGAGCUUCAGUGACCACCACGAAAACAAAUAUCUGCUGCUGAACAGCCAGGAGCUGAAUGAACUGAGUGCCAUCUCUCUGAAGGCAAACAUUCCUGAGGUGGAAGCCCUGGUCAAUACAGACAGGAGUCUGGUGUGUGAUGGGAAGAAAGGCCUCCUCACCCGUCUGCUCACAGUCAUGAAGAGAGAGCCGCCUGACUCCUCCUUCAGGUUUUGGCAGGCGCGAGCUGUGGAGAGCUUCCUGAGGGGAGCCACUUCCUACGCUGAUCAGAUGUUCCUGCUGAAGAGAGGCCUGCUGGAGCACAUCCUGUUCUGCAUCAUUGACAGUGGCUGUAAGUCCAGGGACGUGUUGCAGAGCUACUUCGACCUGCUGGGGGAGCUCAUGAAGUUCAACAUCGACGCCUUCAAGCGCUUCAACAACUACGUCAACACAGAGGAGAAGUUCCAGAUGUUUCUGACGCAGAUCAACAGCUCUCUGGUGGACUCGAACAUGCUGGUGCGCUGCAUCGUCCUCUCCUUGGACCGCUUCGAGAGCCAGACGGGGGAUGUGAAAGUGAUGGAGGUGCUCUCAGAGUGUUCCCUCCUGUCCUACAUGGCCAGGGUGGAGAACCGGCUGUCUUUCCUCUUCCGACUCGUCAACAUCAUCAACGUGCAGACGCUCACACAGGAGAACGUGAGCUGCCUGAACACCAGCCUUGUGGUCCUGAUGCUGGCGCGGCGGCGGGCCAAGCUGCCCUUCUACCUGAACGCGCUGCGGGAGAAGGAGUACGCAGAGAAGUACCCCGGCUGCCUGCUCAACAACUUCCACAACCUGCUGCGCUUCUGGCAGCACCACUACCUCAACAAGGACAAGGACAGCACCUGCCUGGAGAAUAGCUCCUGCAUUCCCUUCAGCUUCUGGAAGGAGACGGUGUCUGUGCUCUUAGAGCAGGAUAGGACUUCUCCCUGUGCCAUAGCCAGCUACAUCGACGAGCCUUACAUGGACUUAGACCAAGACCUGCUGGAAGAUUAACACACCAUCACAGAAAAAACAGGUGGGGGGGGGUUUGGGUGUGUUUGUGAUCGGGCACUGGGGGAUGGAGAGAGAUGGGGUGAAGUAUUGACUGUCCGAGCAUCCUCUGCCCCUUUCUCUCUCUCGACUUCGCUCUCUGGACCGCCUGGACUGAAAGAGGUCCCUCUGAGCCCAGGAAGGGCAGCACCCGGCCCCAUCCUCCUCCACUACAGAGCCCCCUCCACUGAGCAUGCUGAUGCACGGGUGGGGGUUGGAGGCCACCAGCACCACACCUUUCCACAGGAAAAUGGGGGGAGAAGGGGGGGGGGGCGGCGGCAUUGUUCCUCUGCGCAGGUCCCAACCCCUUUGUUUCAUCACCCCCUCGAGCACCCCUCCCACCCCAAAAAAAACACAAAAAAAACUCCAAACCAAUGGCUACUCAUCCGUCACACCAGUUCCUCUAAUGGCAUGUGGGGUUUUGGGGGGGUCUGUGGCCUGGCCUCUUGUACUAUAAGUGGGUUGCUGUUCGUAAAAAUCAUAAGAAGCCUUUUUAUAAUACCAUAAAUUAUCUAUACAAAUAAAAUAUACAGAUAGAAUAUUGAGCAUAAGGUCUGAUGCAGUAAAUGGGUUAGUUUAAAUAGGACAAAUGGGGUUGGGGUGGGUGGGUUGUUUUUCAAUGUUCUCCUCAUAUUUAAAGUCACAGAUGCAUCGUGUGUGUGUGUGUGUGUGUGUGUGUGUGUGUGUGUGUUAUCUGUCCAUUGCAAUCAAUGAUAAAGGGCGGAACAUCUACAGGAGCUGUCAAGCUGGGGGGGGGGGGGGGGGUCAUGUUCUCUCCAGCCAAGUGUGUGUGAUGCGUGACUUUGAUGAGGCGUGGAGCACAAACAGCUGGUGCUUGUUCCUAUUGCCAUAGCCAUUGUAAUGUCUGGGUGGUUCUGCAGUAACAGACAGCAAUGGUUUCUCAGAGAACUGUCACUCUCCCCUACCCCUGUGUCCUUUACCUUAUCUUAACAGUCACCCAGGUCCUUUGUUUGAUCAUACACAUGUCAGAAUUGAGUUCUUAAACCAAUUAGUCCUUAGCUUUGCUAUUUUAGUAUAUUUUGAUACGUUUAUUUAGAUGUUUUGAUGUCCUGAGAGAUUCCUCUUGUCUUAUUGUUUCCCAAAUUAAUCCUUCAUGGCUCAUAUUGAGGUAACUAUGCAGGUCCCCAGUUUUAAGGGCACACACGCACACAUACGCACACGCACCCGUAUGCACACACAAACACAUACGCACAUGCAAGCCCACACACGCGCACAUACGUGCACACGCACACACACACACACACACACACACACACACACACACACACACACACACAUAUCCUUGUUGUCUGAGUUCACAGAUUCAUCCUACGACUCUGCAGUUGACAAUCCCUGUUUCUGUCAGCGCCACCCCUCAUGUGUGUCCUCCAAGCUGAUUGGCUGAAGAAUCUGUGACCCCUUUGCCCCAGACACGGUUCCCUUACCUUACCGAACCUCCCUUUUUUUUAUGUUGAAAACUUAGGGCUGAAAAGGAUGAUGUGUAAACUACCUCGUUUUUUUUCCCCCUCUUUUUCUUGGCUCACUUCAACUGUGUUCGUACACAUAGGGCUUGUUAUUUAGUGCACCUGUAUCUGUGUGUGCUUGCUUUAUGUCACCUUGGUGCUUUACUGACGCUAUGUUACAGUAGUUUCAGGUCAUCCCUCAGUUCAUUCACGCGUUUCCUUGCACCCAUCCCUGAGGUGUGUGUGUGUGUGUGUGUGUGUGUGUGUGUGUGUGUGUGUGGUUCGUGUUCGUCACAGUGUUUGUUCACUCUGCGAAUGUUCUCACUUUGCUAUGGGUGUCUCUUCAAGCUGGCAGCACUUUUCACAUCUGUAGUUUGGAAAAGCUUGAUGUUGUUAUGCGUAUUUUCAGUUGGUCACUUCACACCCCUGUUUGCUUCGUCCCUGUGGCUGUUGGAAUUGUAAUGAAGUUGAAGGAAAUCAAGGAGCCAGGAGUGUCUACUGGAGCCAGUUGCUUUGUCUGGAGGGUUAUGGGGAUGUUUCAUCAACUGCCACUCUGAGCUCAUCUCCAUAAGACGCUUUUUUGUGUUUUUGCCAAGCACUCAAAGUACUAUUAAUCUUUGGAUUUGUGUGUAAAGUUUCAUCAUUUUAGUGAACAUUUUAGAACACACAUACAGCUCUAGUGUAGCUUAUAUUAGCUGAAAUACUUUCUGUAUCAUCUGUACAUUUUAAAUUUUCUUUUUAGUUAAUAAUUUGGGGUGGAUAUCAGUGUCGCCCCUUAGCUGCUAAUCAUUGUCUGAUGAAAUGGAAUGUCAAUCCCCAUUCUGUGUCACAUCAGACUCCUUCAGUGGUUUAAAAGUUUAAAGGUAUGUGAAUUUUUGGGGUUUUGUCAGAAAUGAAAAUACUUUCAGACCUACCGUAAUGUUGAACUUUGAAGGAACGGUGUCAAGCUAAUGGUUCCCAACAUUCCCAUGCUUUCUAUGCAUCUUGAUUCUGUGUUUUCAGGUGUUUUUUUUUUUUGUUCUUUUUUUUUUUUUUCUAUAUCUUGCCCUGAAAAAAGUAAACAAAUGGAAUGAAAGAUUUCUAGAAUGCUCUGGAAUAUUGGGAAACACCAUUAUGCCCUCAGCAUAAUGACAGCAUCGUAAAUCUAAAACCUACAUACUGCACCUUUUUAAAUGAGCAUCACAAACCAUAGUCUUUGGCCAGCUGGUGAUUCAUGACCACAAGUAUGUGAACCAGAUAAUGUCACAGCAGUCUGCAGGCCUAGUGUUACUCAUCGACUGUGCUUGUCAGUCCAGUUGCAGUUGUACUCAUCAGACCACGAGACGUUUGUGUCUGUGGAUGACAACAGCAGGUACUUGUGUCUGUUUUGAUGUGAUUGAUGCUGGGGUGUGGCCCUUCUCUGACCUGUUUGCAUGUGCACAGAACGAAGUAUAUAUCAGAGACACCCGCAUCAGAAAAUGCUGGUACGGCUGUGUGUGUGUGUGUGUGUGUGUGUGUGUGUGUUUUUCUUUUCCCAACAACUGAAGUAGUGAUUUUUAAGACGGUGGCUAUUUUAGACUUUUUCCUCCUUUUGCUGCUACAUAUGGUUGGGAAUCCCUACUGUUUUUUUUUGUUUUUGUUUUUUUUGGGUUGAGCCCAUGGAACUGUAAGGAUUUAAGAUUGCCUGCACUCCUACAUGAGAGAGCAGUGUGUUUCCCCAUCAAGAGCCCGGCUCCAUACUGCAUCAGAUGACCCCCACCCCUUUCCCCCAGUCUUCAUUUCUCAUCCUGGUUUUGAUCUUUGGUUAACCCUAUGUAUAAUAUUGUAAAUGUAAUGUAAGAAUGGAAAUCACAAUAAAUUUUCACAAACAUAAAA